AUGUACGACGACGUGAUCACAGACGUAAUUGAUAUCCAUCGCCUCAUAGAGACGUUCAAGAACCCAUGUGCCACCAUUGAGGCGCCUACAAUCGCUAUAUACACUCCAUCCGUAAUCUUCAUCAUUCCCUUGUUCGGGACGGAUGUAUCAGGAUCUGCCGGCUUGAUGAGUUCGUGCGGAUUCUGCAUUUGGAACGGGGUUCUUGGUUCAAGGAGUUCGAUAUCUUUUGAAGGGAGCCGUGAGGAGUACGGGAAUCAGUCUUACCGAGUUGUUUUAGAUGGCAAGGUUCGAGUCAGACCCAGCUGGUACCAUCGCACAACAGGAGACAACAACGGCUUCUUCAACAACUUGUCUUCAAAUCCAAAACGCGAAUUCGAAUAUGCCAUUACCGACAGUCCUGUGAUUAUAACGCAAGACUCGGAGGUUUCAUCUAGGAACGUGUGGUUUGUAACCACGCAGCAGUUGAGCUUGAAGCUUGAAGUCUCAGCUAGUAUUGCGACUCGAAGUGGCAGACCUUUUCAAACUAGGACCAGGAAUCAAGCUGCCGGAAUGAACGUGUUUUGUUCUUUCCAAUUGAAGCUUUUGCGAAUACGGGAGAUGAUUGACCGCUAUAAACGUUCUUCUCAGGAACGUUCACGCGAAUGCGAAGCCUCUGGCGCUAGCAGGUUGGCCACCCACAAUCAGCAUUCCGCCAUCUUCUGCGAGGCGCCUCUCAGGCAGCAGCCGAUCAGAUCGCGAUUGUUUAUUUGCGCGGAACGGAAGCGCAAAACGCGUCCAUUCAUUAAUAUUCUUUCUCCAAUCAGCAUGCCGCACGAAUGCAUAGUAACAUUCUGUUUGACACAAGACCACGGCGUCAACCCUUCGAAGGGCCUCUUCCAGUUGUUUGUUCCUCAUGCAGUGAUUAUCUUUUAUACUAUACCCCCUGUAGGUGUACAGGCUUGCGCCACAGCUACAUUGGGCGGUAGGGGGAUAUAUAUGGACUAUUACUCGGACCUUAGCUUACGAAACCGAUAUUUUGGAUUCGCCGAUAAGCCUAUCAUCGAUUGGCUUCCCCAGCGUCAUUGGAUUACCUGUUCAUUCAGCAAACGCACAUCUGUAGUCCAAGCCUAGAAGAAAAUGUACAGAUAAUUGUGUCGGGAACUGGAGAAGCUGACUGAGCACAUCCUCCGCGUUAUUUAUAUUCCUUGACGCUUGGUCGGGGGCGCGGGGCGUGAAAUAUAGCGAUCAUCUAAUAUUUCGAC